AUGCUUUUGAUGAAGCAAAUUCUAUUGGGACAGAGGAUAUGGGAUUGUGUACAAAGCCUAGCUACAACCUAUAAUGUGGUAGCGGUCAUGAAACUUCACUCAUCAUCUAAGAAUGUUGAUCAUAAUGGAUUCCUUAAUGAGAUACGAGCAUUAAUCAUCAUAAGGCAUCGACACAUAAUGAAACUCUAUGGAUAUUGCUUCCACUCCCGCCACUCAUUUUUUAUUUCCGAAAACCUUGAAAAGGGAAGCCUUGGAUCAAUCUUAAGAAGCGAUGUCUUAGAUAAAGAAUUGGAUUGGUUGAAAAGAGUCAAUAUUGUGAAAACUAUAGCUAAUGGUUUUGGCUUAUAUAAAUCAGGAUAG